AUGGACUUGAAAUCGCCAGUCAUUCGAAGUGAACACAUCUACCGAGCUUAUUGGUUAUAUUGGCAUCUAUUGGGCCUGGAAAGCCAUUUCUUUCUGAAUCGCUUGCUGGAUGUGGUGAUUACAGUUUUCGUAACCAUCUGGUAUCCAAUUCAUCUGAUUUUGGGUCUGUUUAUGGAAAGAUCUGUGCGGGAAGUCUGCAAGGGUCUACCGAUCACGGCGGCCUGCUUCUUCGCCAGCUUUAAAUUUAUUUGCUUUCGAAUCAAGCUAUCUGAGAUAAAAGACAUCGAAAUAUUAUUUAAGGAGCUGGAUCAGCGUGCUGUGAGUCAAGAGGAGUGCGAGUUCUUUAAUCAAAAUACGAGACGUGAGGCGAAUUUCAUUUGGAAAAGUUUCAUUGUGGCCUAUGGACUAUCAAAUAUAUCGGCCAUAGCAUCAGUACUUUUCGGCGGUGGACAUAAGCUAUUAUAUCCAGCCUGGUUCCCAUACGAUGUGCAGGCCUCGGAACUAAUAUUUUGGCUAAGUGUAACCUACCAAAUUGCCGGUGUAAGUUUGGCCAUACUUCAGAAUCUGGCCAAUGAUUCCUAUCCACCGAUGACAUUUUGCGUGGUUGCCGGUCAUGUUAGACUUUUGGCAAUGCGUUUGAGUAGAAUAGGCCAGGGUCCGGAGGAAACAAAGUACUCAACCGGAAAGCAAUUAAUUGAAUGCAUCGAGGAUCACCGGAAACUAAUGAAAAUAGUGGAACUACUGCGCAGCACCAUGAAUAUUUCACAGCUCGGCCAGUUUAUUUCGAGUGGCAUCAAUAUUUCCAUAACGCUUAUCAAUAUUCUGUUCUUCGCGGAGAAUAAUUUCGCUGUAACCUACUACGGCGUGUACUUCCUAUCGAUGGUGCUGGAGCUAUUCCCCUGCUGCUAUUACGGCACUCUGAUAUCCAUGGAGAUGAACCAGCUGACCUAUGCGAUUUAUUCUAGUAACUGGAUGAGAAUGGAUCGCGGAUACAGCCGCAUUCUGCUGAUUUUCAUGCAACUCACACUGGCGGAGGUGCAAAUCAAGGCCGGUGGGAUGAUUGGCAUCGGAAUGAACGCCUUCUUUGCCACCGUGCGAUUGGCCUACUCAUUUUUCACUUUGGCCAUGUCGCUGCGUUAAUAAGUGGAACCACCACAAAUUUGCAUAUUCGCUUAAUUUUAAUUACCACUAAUGGCGGCCAUUAACGCGCGCCUCAUGAAAAUUGCAUUGGCGGCGUUUAAAUGCCAUUUAGAGCGGAUUAUGCACCUGA